AUGUCGACACUUGAAGCAAGCAGCCUUUUGCCUUUUGAUGGCUGGCAAAAACCCCCAUGCCUCUCUCGGCAGCUAGCCACGCACCAGAACCUGGUAAGCGCGGUGCGCGGCAGUGGCGAUGGCGUGACAAAGCGGGUCACGCGAACGCGCACAGUCAGCGACACACAGUGGAGCCGGGCGCGACGGCCGCGUGGGCAGCGCACCAGCAUCGACGGACAGCACUGCGACUUGGACUACCGCACGCUUCUAGAUGCGGAGCGGUUCAUGGAUGACACGGUGAUAUACAGGUCGCGGCGUCAGUACGUGUUGGCGCGUGGGCACAGGUGUGUGAAGAUGACACUGACGCGGAGACGUUCUCACCCAGGCCAUGUUGGCGCGCCGUCGUUGCCUACAUCGCCACUGACAUCUGAUAUCGAUGGUGUGCACAGUGAUCUGGAGGAUCUCAUCGCGCUGACAGACAUGAUGCCGGUUGAGAGCAGCGAGGCUGCGGCAGCCGAGGACUCUGAGGGCAAAAACACAGGCCGAGCCAAAGACUCUCCUGGAAACGCUGAUUCCAGCAAAAGCAGCAAUGACAGCAAGGAAAGCAAUGAUAGCAAGGACAAGAAGCCCAAGGGCCAGCGCGGCAAAGACAGUGGGCCAACAGAAGAUGCAGAGGAGAAUGCAGCGGAGGACUCGGGCAAUAGCGAAGAAGAGAAAGACGAAGGCGACGAUGAGGAGGAGGACGAUGAGGAGGACGAGGAUGAUGGGGUGGUGAGGUGCGUGUGUGGAGAGCGCAAUGACGGCGAGCUGAUGAUUCAGUGUGAGAUCUGCCAGGUUUGGCAACACACGCUGUGCAUGGGUAUCCGCGACGAGAAGCACAUCCCAGACAAAUACUACUGCGAAAAGUGCCGGCCCGAAGACCACCCGUACAUCAACUCGCGGCCACGCACAAUCGUUCUUGCUGAAGCCAGUUCGAUCGGUGCCACCACUAUGAUGCGCCGGUCUGCUGUUAUGGCUGUGGCCAAAAUGACCGCCCGUGAGGAGUACCGCGCAGCGGCAGCGGCAGCAGCUAUUGCAGCGUCGGUGGCAGCAGCAGCUUCGUCGGGCGGCAGAUCGGGCGGCAGCCGGCGAGGAUCAAAAAAGCAGGCAGUCAAGUUGGAAACCGGUCAGACUACACCAUCAUCGAAUGGCCGAUCUACGCAGCCUGCCAAGAAGGGCCGGCGCAAUCGUCGGCAAACGCGUGACCCUGACGAAGAGAGCGAGGGAGAGUACGAUGCAAAUUCUGGAUCCAACAGCACCUCUGACAAGUCUUCUGGUAAGAACAGCAAAGGAGCUGCUAAGCGCACCGGCGGCGAAUCUGCGAGUCGCGGAAAGCGGCGCAGGACCGGCGGAGCUGCAUCCAAAGAAAAUUCAAACAGCGGCAGCGGAAACGAGGAGGAUGAAGGCAGAUCCCCAGUCAACGACUCGUCUACUCAGCUGCCUGUACUGGACACCAAGAUGCAGCGGAUUGCUAAACAGACAGGCCGCGGCCGAUCAGCAUCGUCGGUGGUCAAGAGCAGCAGCAAAUCACUUGCUGCUGGUUCACCGCGGCGAGGAAACAGGCUGGCAGGCAUUCCGAAUGGCAUCGAAGAGGAGGGGGAUGAGGGCGAGAAGAAACGAGUCCAGAGCAUGCCGGGGUCGCCUCGGUCUCCUUCUCCGUCGCUGCAGUCGCUACUGCUGGAGAACGGCCCGGCAGGCAAGGGCGGACUGAUGGUCGAGAUUGGUGAUGCGUCUGAUGGCGGUCAGUCGACGAGGACCGAUAAAUCGAACAAGCGUAAGCGCAAUGGUCGCAGUGGGGCUGUUGGGCGGGGCGGCAAGCACCAGCGGUUGACGCAGUCGGCGUCGAAUUCCCCGUACAUUUCUCAAGGGCCUAGUUUUGGCGACUCGGUAUUUGGGGCCGAUCAGCGCCAGGGAUCGCGGCAUGUCAGUCCUAGGGGCACCCCGGCAGGCAUUGCCGAAGGUGAUGAUGAGUAUGAAAAUGGCGGCCAGGGUAGCAUCGGCGAUGGUGCAGAAACUGCAGGCAAGGACGAGGAGCACGCGCACCACCGACAACCAAAGCACAAUUUCCCACCGAUCGAGAUGGAAGACGUUGAUGGCAACACUAUCACAGUGCCGUCCAACAUGCUGAACUCGCACGGCCAGCCGAUAUACUCGUCGGUUACGCCUGAAACCAUGUGCAAGAUCCGGUAUCCGCACAACCGUGCCAGCCUGCAUGAGCUUAACCGUCGCGCGAAGCAGCUGCUGGAUUGGCUGGGCAAGGCACAGUCUGAAUACGAGCAAGAGCGCCUGACAUGGCUCCGACCAUUGCAUUCGGGGGAUGAUGAGCAGCAGCAGGAGGAGGAUAUCGAGCAAGAUACAAAGCCCGAGGGCGACUCGUCAUCGAUUCUCCCUCGUCAGCAGCAGCAGCAGCAGCUUGAUCGCCGUCCGUCACAGGCGCUCUCAGAGGCACCCACGUCGCCAAUCAACCCCAGCGACUGGCCUACCGACGACCCUGAGCUGCCACGCGAAUUCCCUGCCGACGACGAGCCCUUGAUGGAGACCGAAGCAGCGGCACCGGCAAAUGAGGGAAAGCCAGCAGAUCCCAGCAGGCCGAGACCCACGCUUUCGAUCAUGGAGGACCUGGUCUGGCGGCUGAUUCGGUUCCAGGAAACGUACGCGAUUUGA